CUCUCGCAGUGAGACAAACGAGAGGGAGAACCAAGACAAAAUAAAACCAACUCCAGCCCUCCUCGUCGGCUCCGGUCACCCCCUCUCCAUUGUCCCCUACCGAAUAAUCGAAAGGAGAACCUGUAACCCUCUGCGUAAUACCGAGGCGGGGGCAAAGAAGGGCGUGAUCUCGAGCGGUGACCGCACCGCCUUCGACAACCUCCGGAGCCCCUCAAAUCCUUUUCCGGUACUGGACUAUUCAAUUCUCCUCAUUUUUCAAACUCCCAUUGGUUUUCUUCACUUCGCGAUCUCGUAACCAGGCGCCGAUCUCCGGCGUCGAUCGCUCCGCCAAGCUCACAGAAUCUAAUUCUCAGGGUUUUUUCUACUGUAAACGACCCAAUGGAGAUCCAUGACACUUCGAAAGCUCUAGAGGUUUUGAAGGAGAUUGGUUCGAGACCUACGGAAGGCUCAUCAUUAUUAAUGCCAAACUUGCUGGCAUGUUUGAAACAUGAUGAUCCUGUUGUUGUGAGGCAGUCAGUUACUAUUGGGACAAGUUUAUUUUGCACUGUCUUAACAGAGAUGGUACUACAGCUCCGUGAUUCUAAUAAGGUCGAGGGGUGGUUGGAAGAAAUGUGGUCCUGGAUGUUACGGUUCAAGGAUGCAGUUAGGAGCUUGUUGUUGGAGCUUGAUUCUCCUCAAUUGAAGGUUCUUGCAGCAAAAUUUCUAGAAACAUGUUUUCUACUGUUUACAUCUGAUGGAAAUGAUGGGGAAGAAGGUCAAGAUCAUCCAGUAUUAGGCCCGAACAUGUUGGCCAAGGAAGCUGGCGAGGUUCUUAAUCUUUUCUAUGAGUUACUGCAGUCGGCUUCUACACUUAGUGGUUCUCUGGUAACCACUAUAAUCAACUGUCUUGCAUCCAUUGCAAUAAAAAGGCCGGGCCACUAUGAUUCUAUUCUGUCUGUAUUGCUUGAGUUUGACCCUAACUUCGAAACUUCAAGGGAUGGUCAAGCAUCAAGCAUUCAGUAUGCUGUGAGAAUUGCUCUUUUAAGAUUUCUAAGGUGUACCCAUCCAUGUAUGUUUGAGUCGAGGGACAAGUUGGUGAGGGUAGCACGAGGUAGGUACCCAGGGGACACAACUGAGCUAUUUAUUCGACAAAUGGAGAAACUGUCAAGGGGUAUCGAAAGCAACAUCCGUGAUGCUCGGUUGAGCAAGGUUGACCCAUUACCUAGCCACAGUUCUGCCCCAGCCAAUCAUUUAAGGACGAGACCAGUAAUCGAUCCUGCCGAUAGUUCUGCUGUUUCUGAUGAGAUGCCUUCUAUGAGGUCACAACCCAAUGCAUCUGAAGCUCCAACUCUGCCUGUUAAAGUGUCUUGUGACAUGCAGAAUGCCAAUGGUGCUAUCAGUUCAUCUUCAAACUCAUCUCCUGGUGCUUUACUUGCAGAAGGAGAGAAAGGUGCUCAGUCCCUUGAGCUUCUUCUCUCACAAAUUCAUCCAGAUCUUCUGGCCGACAUGGUUAUAGAGACCAUGAAAAAUUUACCAAAAGAUUUUUCUGCUUUACCUGAGGGGAACAUAAGCAUGCCGCUAAAUUCUGAGACAUCUUUACCCAGUGUUUCUUCACAAGGUUGGCCUACUGUCUCUUCUGCAGCUUCUGGUCAGUCUUCAGCUUUACCAUCUGUAUUUGCACCAGCAGUAGUGGGGUCUAAUGGAAUCAUCAGUCCUCCAUCUGAUAUACCUUCAGUCCCUAAUAUUGUUAAUGACAUUAAGCGAGACCCAAGAAGGGAUCCUCGCCGUCUUGAUCCGCGUAGGGCAGAAGUGCCUGCUGGUAGUGGCACUAUUCCAAUGAACUCAAAGGGAAUAGAUGGCAUGCAGGGGCUGAUUGUUUCUUUGAGUAAGCCUACUCCUUUGGAGGCGCCAGUGGUAGAUGAUGCACCAGUGUCCUUGAUGUCUAAAAAUGAACUUGAAGCCCCUGAGUGUUUGACUGGUCAAGCGACCGAACAACAGAUAACUGAAGAAAAUUUGGAUAUCACCUAUGGUUCUGCGGAAAGAGAUCCCUCUUUGGAAGGUCAAAUGCCUACUGAUUUGCCACUCUCCCCAGUAUAUUCUGCUGAUCAGGAGUUAAUUACAUCCAUAGAGACGGUUGAAGAUGAAAGUGUUGAUGGCAACACACUGGAGUCCAAUGAGUAUUCAUCGUGUACUUCUGCGAGGUUGAGCUCUGGAGAUGGUAGUCAUGAUUUUCCUGCAGUGCCGGAUUAUAUCGAGCUGUCAGAUGAACAGAAAAUGAAACUUAGCAAAUUGGCAAUUACAAGGCUGGCUGAAGACUACAAGUCGAUUCAAGCUUCUGGCUGUGAUCAGCCACACCUUUCAAUUCUUGCCCGUCUUGUUGCUCAGAUUGACGCUGACAAAGACCUUGUGACAUUCUUUCAAAAGCAUAUUAUUUUGGAUUAUCAUCAUAAUAAGGGGCAUGACCUUGCAAUGCAUGUUCUCUAUCAUUUGCAUGCUGUCACUGUAUCUGAACUAGAAGACCAUUCUUCCUUGGAAACUCAUAAUUAUGAGAAGUUUCUACUAGCUAUUGCAAAGACCUUACUGGAUUCGUUGCCAGCCUCAGAUAAGUCAUUUAGCAGACUUCUAGGGGAAGCCCCCUCCUUGACCAAAUCUGCAUUUAUAUUGUUAGAGGAUCUAUGUCAGUUGCAUGGUUAUGAGAACCAUACAAUAGAUACUUCUGAUGGUGACCGUAUUACUCAGGGACUUGGUGCCCUAUGGGGCUUAAUUUUGGGAAGGCCACUUUAUCGGCAGAUUUGCUUAGAUAUCGCUUUGAAGUGCUCAGUUCACUCUCAUGAUGAAGUUAGAACCAAAGCUAUCAGAUUGGUGGCAAACAAGCUCUUUCUUCUACCCUAUGCAGCAGAAAGUAUUGAGAAGUUUGCGAAGGACAUGUUGUUUUCGGUUGUUGAUCAGCAAGUUACUGAAGCGGAGACCAAAGAUCUGGCAUCCAGUGAACAAAUGACAGAAACAGGUCGCCAGGAAACUUCUAUUAAUGGUUCUCAUUAUUCUGAGCUUGGACCUGAAAGUGGGCCGGGCAUUCAAUUAUCUCCACAUAGUAUUCAGCGACAAACUUCAUUAUUCUUUGCUCUUUGCACAAAGAAGCCCAGUCUACUUCGUCUUGUAUUUGAUGUCUAUGGAAGGGCGUCGAAGGUUGUCAAACAGUCUAUCCAUCGUCAUGUUCCUGGUCUUGUAAGAAAUUUAGGCCCAUCAUAUCCUGAACUGCUGCAGAUAGUUGCUGAUCCACCUGAAGGAAGUGAAAAUCUCAUAACACUGCUAUUACAACUGAUGACUGAAGAAUCAACACCUUCUGCGGAUCUUAUUGCUUCUGUCAAACAUUUGUAUGAUACAAAACUGAAGGAUGUCUCCAUUCUCAUUCCAAUGCUUUCUUCACUUUCGAAAGAUGAGGUUUUGCCUAUCUUCCCACAGCUUGUUGAUCUGCCUUUGGAGAAGUUUCAAGCUGCACUUGAUCGUAUUUUACAGGGUUCAGCUCAUACAGGCCCCGCAUUAACACCUGUGGAAGUUCUGGUUGCUAUUCAUGAUAUUGAUCCUGUGAAACAUGGGGUUGCGCUUAAAAAGAUAACAGAUGCUUGCACGGCUUGUUUUGAGCAACGUACUGUUUUCACUCAGCAUGUCUUAGCAAAAUUCCUUAGCCACAUGGUUGAACGUGAUCACCUGCCCAUGCUUUUUAUGAGAACAGUUAUUCAAGCUAUUGGCACUUACCCUGCCCUGGUUGAUUUCGUCAUGGGAAUACUUUCAAAACUUGUGAAUAAACAGAUAUGGAAGAUGCCGAAGUUGUGGGUGGGAUUCUUAAAAUUAGUGUCUCAGACACACCCACAUUCUUUUAAUGUCCUGUUACAGUUACCUCCUCCGCAGCUCAUGACUGCUUUGAAUAAACAUGCUAAUUUACGAGGUCCCCUUGCGGCUUAUGCCAAUCAACCAAACAUAAGGACCUCAUUGUCUAGGCAAACUCUACAAGUAUUAGGUCUUAAUGAGCCACAGCAUGCAUCAACUAUGCCAUUUACUAGUUCUGUGCAUGGAUCAACUUUGUCGUGACAUUUAAGUCCACUGAGUCCUUUGAGUAUGAGUUUCCGACUAAGGAAGAAGUCUUGCUGGCUGCCUGUGCACGGGCACUUGUAUCAGAAAGAAGGGUGAGCCAGCGGCAGUGGCUCUUGGGGUUAGAAAAGAUGGUGAAUUUCAAAAUCUAACAGCAGCUUGGAGACAAGUUUGUUUUCCCAAGCUCCUUGCCAAAUUUCAGGGUUAACUUUUAAACAUUUUUCUUUUCGUUUUCUGUUCUUUUUGGGUUUUGUGACUUGUAUAUAAAUUUAGGUUCAAUCAUAAGUGUUGUAGUAUUAUUUGAAAUUUUAAAUAAAUAAAUCUGAAUAUAUGUGUGAAUGUGUUGUAGUGCAUAAAGAUUAGUGGUGACUAAACUAAAGUCUGCUUCGUAUUGCA